AUGUCGGUCGACAGGCCGAAGCCGCCGAAGCUGAAUGUCGACGAGUACUUGACCACCGCGCUCGUGGCGACGCCUGCGGAGCUGCACCCGUUUUUUGAGUCGUUCCGGACCCUACACGAGCGCAAGCUCUGGCACCAGCUGACGCAGCAGCUGCUCGCGUUCUUCGACCACCCGCUCGCGCGCCCGUUCCGCGUGGACGUGUUCGACCGCUUCGUGCGCGACUUUGAGGAGCGCGUGAACGCGCUGCGCUUCGUCGAGAUGGGCGUCAAGGUCUCCAAGGACAUCGACAACCCCGCGCACCACAUCGCGUUCCUGACGGACCUCCUGACGCGCAUCAACAAGGAAGCCGCGCCCGACGCGCACGUGCUGCUGCUCGCGACGCUCGCGCACGCGAAGCUCCUCUUCGGCGACGUCGAGGGCACGCGCGGGGACAUCGACGCCGCGUGGGCGGUGCUCGACGAGCUGACGGGCGUCGAGAGCACGGUCAACGCGGCCUACUACGGCGUCGCGGCGGACUACUACAAGGCAAAAGCGGAAUACGCGCCGUACUACCGGAACUCGCUGCUCUUCCUCGCGUGCGUAGACACUGCGACGGACAUGUCCGCAGAGGAGCGGUUGCAGCGCGCGCACGACCUCGGCAUCGCGGCGUUUUUGGGAGACACGAUCUACAACUUUGGGGAGCUGCUGAUGCAUCCAAUCCUGGACGCGCUGGACGGCACGCCGCACGAGUGGAUCAAGAAGUUGCUGUUCACGUUCAACGAGGGUAAUAUCGGUAAAUUCGAGGCGCUGGCGCCGCUGUUCCCGAAAGAGCCGAUCCUGCAGGAGAACUACCCGUUCCUGCGGCAGAAGAUCUGCCUGAUGGCGCUGAUCGAGUCGGUGUUCAAGCGGAACGCGUACGACCGGACGAUGUCGUUCCAGACGAUUGCGGAGGAGACGCGGCUGCCGCUGGACGAGGUGGAGCACUUGGUGAUGAAGGCGCUGAGUUUGAAGCUGGUGCGGGGGUCAAUAGACCAGGUGGACGCAAAGGCGUCGAUCAGCUGGGUGCAGCCCCGGGUGCUGUCGCGCGGGCAGAUUGGGGAGCUGGCGGGGCGGCUGGAGGGGUGGAACGGAAAGCUGCACGGGGUGGAGACGCGGAUUGCGCCGGAGCUGCUGGUGACGUCUUGA